GCGACGAGCAGAGGAUCCGCGGCAUCAUGUUGUUUUUUGCGGUGGUCGCUGGACUGGGAGCAGUGACGUUACUGGUUCUUCUGUUCGCAUCCCACAUACGAAGUUAUGCAGCCGGAGGAGUGUGCAAGUCCCCGGCUCGUCUGGAUGGGAAGACAGCCCUCAUCACUGGAGCCAACACGGGGAUUGGGAGGGAGACCGCCCGGGAUCUGGUGAUGAGAGGGGCUCGGGUGAUCAUGGCGUGCCGAGACGUGGAAAAGGGCGAGGAGGCUGCGGCCAGCAUCCGAGCUGCGUGUCCCGAUGGAGAUGUGGAGGUUCGAGAGCUGGACUUGGCAGAUACCUGCUCUAUACGUGCCUUUGCACAGGAAUUCCUCAGAGAGGUGAAUCGUCUUCACAUCCUCAUCAACAACGCCGGUGUGAUGAUGUGUCCUUACACCAAAACCAUCGAUGGCUUUGAGAUGCACAUCGGAGUCAAUCACUUGGGUCACUUCCUGUUGACCUCUCUCCUCAUCGGGCUGCUGAAGCGCAGCGCGCCGGCCCGGAUCAUCGUGGUCUCCUCUCUGGCACACAACUUCGGCUGGGUCCGCUUCCACGACCUUCACAGCCAGGGCAGCUACAACAGUGGAUUAGCGUACUGCCAGAGCAAACUGGCAAAUGUGAUGUUUACCAGAGAGUUGGCUCGUAGACUCAAAGACACCAACGUGACGGUGAACUCGGUCCACCCGGGGACGGUGAACUCCGACCUGAUCCGACACUCGACCCUCAUGACGAUAUUCAUGACGUUCUUCUCCACGUUUGUAAAAACCCCGCGGGAAGGAGCCCAGACCAGCAUCUACUGCGCUGUGGCAGAGGAGCUGCACUCGGUCUCUGGGAAACACUUCAGCGACUGCGCCCCGGCCUUCGUCGCCCCACAGGGACGAAGUGAGGAGACGGCGAGGAGACUGUGGGACGUCAGCUGUGAGCUUCUCGCCAUCGAGUGGGACUGAUGGAACUUUUACCCUUCUUCUCUUUCGAGGCCUCGUCCACACGUACACGGGUGUUUUUCCUUUUUCAAAUCGCGUGUUUGGUUCGCACUGAGGUUUGAGGGUCACUGAAAACUGAACCUUUUUAAAACUCCUCCCAGGUUGAAGAUGUUCAGUCACUCAAUUUUCAGUGUGAUGUCAUUGUCCAGUGUUGUGAUUGGCCAACACGGCUUUACAGUUGGGGUUAUAGCGCCACCUGUUGGUUUGGUACGAUACGGACCGCGUGUUUUUUGCAUUUUCAUGGGGACAUAGAUUUAUAUAUUAAAACCCCCCCCUCAUUUUAUGAAAUACCUGUGUACGUGUGGAGCCGGCCUCUGUUCAAUAAGGACUUCUCAUCCUUUCUGCCAUCAGUCAUAUCAUUUGUUUAAUUAUGGUUUUGAUGUUCUGAACUUUGAUGAUUCUUAUCUAAUAGGCAGUCAGGUAACUGUAAGAGCUACUGUAAGUUGCUUUUUUUUGGUGAAAUAACUAAGUAAUUACAAUACGAUGAAACUUGAAAAUGUUGAUGCUGUACAAAUCCAUUCAACGGUACUGUUACGUAAUCACGAACAACGCAUUGACCCCGAUAUAUUUUUGUGACACAAUGCGACGACCGUGCAGGCAAAAAAAAAAGAGAAGCAACUUGACGUAUUGUAAAUGCUUGUGUGCUACUGUGAAGGGUCAAGCCAGGGUUCAAGACCAGCAACUUUAUCGGACAUCGCGUGUUUUGAAAGAGUUCAGAAUUUGCAGCUAAAUUGCUUCACUUUCGUGCCAGCGUUUCUAAACAAUUGCAGGGUUUCUUACGGUGUUUCCAGGUCGACUUAAAAAAUAUAUAAUUAGUAAACCACUGGAGAUCAGCGUCAGUCUGACCCACGAUUACCGCUUGAAUUGAAUAAAUGUAUUUUGUGAUAAUCGUAGUACAUGUAGGUUAGAAGGAAGCUUUUUUUCUAUUUUAACCAAGAUCUAGAAUCAUGACACUGCAAUAUUUACAGAGUUGUUUUUCCAUUGUCAUUGCCAAAAACUGCACAUUCCCGGAGGAACCGUUUUGCAUUUGUAAAGAUUUCUCUCCCUCCUCAUGUUUCCUUCUCAGCAUUCACAUACAAGGUUGCCAAGAGUUUACAUUCUGUGUUUUAUACAAGUGAAAUAUGCCUUUUACUACACGUACAUUCAUGUUAAGAGUUGAAUGUUUACAUUUGAUGUAAAUAAA